UCUUUCUCUUAAGAGAUCCACUCAUUCAUUACCACUACUCCUCAGGAACAAAGAAAUCUCGAGAUAUGCAGAAGAAAAUUAUAUUGGAGAACAAGCACGGCGAGAAGCUUGUAGGGCUGCUGCACGAGACUCGUUCGAAUGAAGUCGUGAUCAUUUGUCACGGCAUCCUUUGCACAAAAGAGCAUAAUAUCAUCGUCAACGUUGCUUCUGCUUUAGAAAAUGAAGGGAUCAGUGCCUUUCGCUUCGACUUCUCCGGAAAUGGGGAAAGCGAAGGUUUAUUUCAGUCCGGUGGGGUGGUUGUACUCCUUUACGCAUCUAAAUACCACGAUAUAACUGCGGUGGUAAAUAUCUCGGGUCGUUUUGAUCUCAAACGAGGACUCGAAGAAAGGCUCGGAAAAUCAUACUUGGAAAGUCUCGACAAGGAUGGAUACAUUGAUGUUAAAACUAAGACGGGUAAUUAAUAAUGUGGAUUUUAUCGAGUAACUAUAGUCUAAAUCUCG